AGACGUAGUUGAUUGCUUCAAAGUUUCUAUUUCAGAAGAAUUAAGCAAAGUUAAUCAAGGGAUGAGUGAUUGGACAAGGCUUAAAAAUGCUCUACGAGCUGAAAAAUACAAAUACCCUAAAGUUGUAACACAACAACUGUUUAAGGUCUUAGAAAGGUUAGGUUUGACGCUUAAAGAAUUUGAUAAUUUGUUAGAGCUGAAAAAUGUUAGUUUUAAAGCUUCGGCGCUUAUAAAAAUAAUGGAUCCUAUUGAAAUGUGGUUAUUGUUGCAGCUAGCUCAAGAACCGGUUGAAAAAACAUAUGAUGAGUAUCUUGUCGAAAGAUCAAAAAAAUCAAUCAAUAUUCCUAGUCCUGAAGUCAGAAAACCAAAUGAGGGAGUUGAUGAAUCCCAUUAA